UUGUUUGCUUUUUGUUUACCAGAUGUUUGAGACGGAGGCAGAUGAGAAGAGGGACAUGCCCUUGGAGGAAGGGAAGGGGCCAGGCGCGGAGGAAGCCCCACCCAGCAAGGACCCCUCUCCUGCCCAGGAGCUUCCUUCAGGACAGGAUCUCCCACCCCAGGACUCCUCUUCAGAGCAGGAGCCCACUCCUGGCCAGGAAUCACCGUCCAGCAAAGAUUCACCUCCCUACCAAGAGCCCUCAGAAGCCCCGCUGAGCGAGGACUCCCCACCCGCCCCAGACCUCCAGCCCUGCCAGGACCUGCCUGCUGCUCCGGGUCCCACUCCGAGCCAGGACCCUCCGCUGGCCAAAGGCCUCGCUGACAUCCCGGAACCUCCUGCCCAGGACCUCCCCGCCUGUGGGGACCUGCCUCCUCACCAGGCCCCCCCGCCAGCCGAGGCCCUCGCCGAGGAGACCACUAGCUCUGGGGACCCUCCAGCCACCUCCAGACCCACCUUUGUGAUCCCCGAGGUCCGGCUGGACAGAACCUACAGCCAGAAGGCAGAGGCCGAGGGAGGCAGCUCUGGAGAUGAGGAGGAGGCGGAGGAGGCGGAGGACGGGGAGGAGGGCGAGGAGGACGAGGAGGAGGACACGAGCGAUGACAACUACGGGGGGCACAGCGAGGCCAAGCGCAGCAGCAUGAUAGAGACGGGCCAGGGCGCCGAGGGCGGCCUCUCCCUGCGGGUGCAGAACUCGCUGCGGCGCCGGACGCACAGCGAGGGCAGCCUGCUGCAGGAGGCCCGCGGGCCCUGCUUCUCCUCCGACACCACCCUGCACUGCUCGGACGGCGAGGGCACCGCGUCCACCUGGGCCAUACCUUCGCCCCGCACCCUCAAGAAAGAGUUGGGCCGCAAUGGUGGCUCCAUGCACCACCUCUCCCUCUUCUUCACGGGACACAGGAAGAUGAGUGGACCUGACGGAGUUGGGGACGAUGACGAAGCUUCUCAGAAGAGAAAGAGCAAAAACCUAGCCAAGGACGUGAAGAACAAGCUGGCCAUCUUCAGGCGGCGAAAUGAAUCGCCAGGGGCCCAGCCAGCGGGCAAGACAGACAAGAUGAUGAAGUCAUUCAGGCCCACCUCGGAGGAAGCCCUCAAGUGGAGUGAAUCCCUGGAGAAGCUGCUGCUUCACAAAUAUGGGUUAAUAGUGUUCCAGGCCUUUCUUCGCACCGAGUUCAGCGAGGAAAACCUGGAGUUCUGGCUGGCUUGUGAGGACUUCAAGAAGGUCAAGUCACAGUCCAAGAUGACGGCCAAAGCCAAGAAGAUCUUUGCUGAAUACAUUGCUAUCCAGGCGUGCAAGGAGGUCAACCUGGACUCGUACACCCGGGAGCACACGAAGGACAACCUGCAGAGCGUCACACGGGGCUGCUUCGACCUGGCCCAGAAGCGCAUCUUCGGGCUCAUGGAAAAGGACUCGUAUCCUCGCUUUCUCCGCUCUGACCUCUACCUGGACCUCAUUAACCAGAAGAAGAUGAGUCCCCCGCUCUAGGGGCCACUGGGGGAGAGCUCAGCGUUCACACCAAGCGGGCUGGGCCCAUGCCCACCUGCCUCCCACCCCCCUGCGACGGAGGGGGCAAGCAAGCCCCCAGAGGCUGCAUCUCCGGACAGAUAGAUGGACAUUUGGAUUCGAGACCUGGACCUAGAGAGGCCCAGGGCACUGGAGGAGGAGAAGGACCAGCCUAUUGGGUCCCCAAUGCCCCGGUACGAGGGGGCCCAAGGGCCCUGGCAGGUCGGGGGCCCCGGCUGCGCCAGAUUUGGAGCUGCUGCUCCCUGCUUUGGAGACGCGGAGAUUUUGUGCUGACCAAGUUCCUUACAGAACUGGCUGAUGGGGCAGGAGGCCCAGGCCUGGGCCCUGGGGCUCUCCUGGGGGGCUGCUGGGCCUCACAGCUCAGACCCCCACUUUGAGUUUUAUUUAUUUAAACAGUAGUUGGAUGCUUGGCACGUCAUCCCGUAAUAGGAAACCCUUGCCUCGUCAGUUUUCCUGAUCUACAAGUGCAAUAUUUUAACCGAUGCCUUGUGAGAAGCCACCUGCAGAGAAGGUGGACACCAGUGUCCAGUUUCAGGGCAUUUACUGGUCCCGGGCACCUGGGCCUCCUGGACUGGCGAGGCCCAGAGGGGAUGUCUGGCACCCCCUAGGUGGCGUGUCCUCGGGGGCUCCGGGAAAGGAUGGCACCCUCAGACCACACAGCAGCCAAGUUCCGGAGCAAAUAAAAGGCCUGUGUUAUUUCUCGC